CUUCCCCAAAUAGAUCCCCAGCUUCCAUAUCGACGCCGUCCUUGCAACCCAAGACGGCCUCGAAACUCCACGGAUCCAGUCCCGGGACAUCCACCAUGGCUUUUGACGAGUGUCCAAGAGCCGCCUCGAGCCUCACACGAUAGGCCCAUUAGUUCGCGAUCACCGCGGCCUCAAUACGAACCCAGUGUCUUGUCCUCUCACACUCGGACGGGGUCUAUUCGGGACAACGCUCCCAGCAUUCCGCCGCCAGAUGGAUCUUACAUGUCCUAUGAUACUAGAGAUCCUCAUAGGCCGUGGUCUCCAGCAUCGAGACUGACAGACUACUCUCGCCCCCCGCCUUCUCAUGAUUCUUAUGAGCCUUCAGACAUCAACGGCAGCCCCAGACCAGGAACCCCGUCUUCAAGGUAUGGCGGCAGCCCGCGACGUCCACUGCCCCCGGCACCUCGCUUUGGCAACACGUCGCGAGCCUCGCAAUUUACAGACGACAUAACUGUUUCAAUUCCCUACGACCAUCCUGAUGACGAAGACAUCUUCCGUCCCGAGUCGGAUCUCAGCGAUAACCGCCACUAUGACAACCAUUACGAUCAUUAUGACUACGAUGAAGAAGAUGGCCGCGCUUACGGCGAUGGCCGCGAGUCGUUCAUCUCAGGCGACCAAGAAACUCUGGGAGAAGAGAAUGAGUAUUUCGACAAAUAUGAGCACUACGGGCCGGCGCCUGACGGAGCGCAAGAGCGACGUGGUGUCCGCGCUCCGCAAAUGGCCAAGAAGGAGGUUCCUCUUAUCAACGGAGAGCUUGUUCUAGAGUGCAAAAUCCCAACCAUUCUUUACAGCUUUCUGCCGCGACGAGAUGAGGUUGAAUUCACUCAUAUGAGAUACACGGCUGUGACCUGUGACCCGGAUGACUUUGUUGACAGGGGGUACAAGCUCCGGCAGGCCAUUGGUCGGACGACUCGAGAGACUGAGCUCUUCAUCUGCGUAACCAUGUACAAUGAAGAUGAGAUUCUCUUCACCAGAACCAUGUAUGCCGUCAUGAAGAACAUAUCCCACUUCUGUUCUCGCUCUCGAUCCCGUACCUGGGGUGAGAAUGGCUGGCAAAAGGUGGUCGUUUGCAUCAUCUCCGAUGGCCGUGAGAAAAUCCAUCCACGCACACUAGACGCUUUGGCGGCCAUGGGAGUAUACCAGCACGGUAUCGCCAAAAACUUUGUCAACAACAGGGCCGUGCAGGCUCACGUCUAUGAGUACACAACACAAGUCUCACUCGACUCUGAUCUCAAAUUCAAGGGCGCCGAAAAGGGCAUCGUGCCGUGCCAAAUCAUCUUUUGCCUCAAAGAAAAGAACUCGCGCAAGCUCAACUCACACCGUUGGUUCUUCAACGCAUUUGGCAAGGCCCUGAACCCCAAUGUCUGUAUUCUUCUAGACGUGGGAACUCGUCCAGGAGGUACUUCGCUGUACCACCUCUGGAAGGCUUUUGACUUUGACUCCAACGUCGCUGGGGCAUGUGGUGAAAUCAAAGCCCUGAAGGGCAAAUACGGGUCAUACCUUUUGAAUCCUCUAGUUGCGUCCCAGAAUUUCGAAUACAAGAUGUCCAACAUCUUGGAUAAGCCUCUGGAGUCUGUUUUUGGAUACAUUACGGUGUUGCCCGGUGCUCUCAGUGCCUACCGUUACCACGCGCUGCAAAACGAUGAAACUGGUCAUGGGCCUCUCAGCCAGUACUUCAAGGGUGAGACCCUUCACGGCCAACACGCCGACGUGUUCACUGCCAAUAUGUACCUGGCCGAAGAUCGUAUUCUUUGCUGGGAGCUCGUAGCCAAGCGAGGCGAGAGAUGGGUUUUGAAAUAUGUCAAGGGUUGCCACGGAGAAACUGACGUUCCCGACACUGUUCCCGAAUUCAUCUCUCAGAGAAGAAGAUGGCUAAACGGUGCCUUCUUCGCUGCCGUCUACUCCCUUGUCCAGAUGCGACAGAUUCUACAGACUGAUCAUACCCUUGCACGCAAGGUCCUUCUUUACAUUGAAUUUGUCUAUCAAUUUGUUCAACUGCUCUUCACGUACUUUUCUCUCGCAAACUUCUACUUGGCUUUCUACUUCGUCGCUGGUGGACUGGCAGACCCAACGGUCGAUCCGUUUGGGCACGGCAUCGGAAACGUCAUCUUCAUCAUUUUGAGAUACACAUGCAUCCUGCUCAUCGCCAUUCAGUUCAUCUUGUCGCUCGGAAACCGGCCACAGGGCGCACGAAAGCUUUAUCUUAGCAGUAUGAUUAUCUACAGCAUCAUCAUGGUUUACACGACUUUCGCCAUCAUCUACAUUGUCAUCAGGCAGUUUACGCACAAGGAGGGUGGCCAAACGUUAACUCUCGGUAAUAACGUGUUUACGAAUCUCAUUGUGUCCAUGGCAUCGACGAUAGGUCUGUACUUUGCCAUGUCAUUCCUGUACCUCGAUCCGUGGCACAUGUUUACCUCUGCUGGUCAAUACUUCCUCCUGCUACCAAGUUACAUCUGCACGCUUCAAGUCUACGCCUUCUGCAACACGCACGACGUCACCUGGGGUACCAAGGGUGACAAUGUUAUCAAGACUGAUUUGGGUGGUGCCAUCGGAAAGGGCGAGACUGUUGAGCUUGAAAUGCCCAGCGAGCAGCUCGAUAUCGACAGUGGAUAUGAUGAGGCUCUACGCAAUCUGCGUGACCGAGUCGAAGUCCCAGAGAAGCCCCCGAGCGAGUCCCAACUGCAGGAAGAUUACUACAAGAGCGUCCGAACUUAUAUGGUUGUGUCAUGGAUGGUGCUGAAUGCCAUUCUCGCCAUGGCCAUAUCAGAAGUGUAUAGUAGCAAGGGCAUCGGUGACAACUUUUAUCUCCGCUUCUUGUUGUGGAGUGUGGCUGGCUUGGCUGUCUUCCGUGCUAUUGGCUCUACCACGUUUGCUGUUAUCAACCUCGUUCAUCUGAUAGUUGAAGGCAGAAUCCGCAUGACUCUCAAGCUGCCCAGCUGGGCGGGUGGCAUGGGCGAGAAGUUUAGCGAAACCAUGAGCAGCGUUGGGAGCAGCGUUACUAAUGCCCUUAGAUCUUGAAUCCAGUUUCCUGUUUCUUUAGAUUUGUACAGCUUCUUUUGAUUAUGUCCUACAUGAUUGAGAGAUUUUUCUCUUGUCCUUUUCUCUUUUCUUUUCUUUCUUCUUCUACUCUCCUUUGACAAACGGAGAGUCGGUGGGUGGCUCGUCUCUUUUUCUCUUCUUCUUCAUGCCCCUCUAUAAGAAAGAAAGAGGCACGAAUAGUUGAACAAAGUACCUAUACAAAGUUUGGAAAAAGACUGGGGAGGGUUUUUGGAGGCUCUUUCAAUUCUGAUUGGAUGCCUCUGUUCUUUUUUUCUGUAUCGUUGCGAGAAAGAGAAGCACAGUGUUUGUCAAUAUGGAUUCUCUGUAUGAUGUAUGUCUCUUGUCUAUAAUGAAAGGGUUCGAUGAGCCCCUUGACGUUGGAAAGCAUAUUGGUGAUGCGAGAGCAUUCCAUGGUAUGCUA